AUGGAUCCUGAUAUUGCGAAGCCUGUGUCAGACGUCGUGUAUCACAAGAAUCCGCUCACCAACGGCCCGAACACCGAGGAAGUGACGCCCUUGAAGCGGUGCCUCGUCCAACUGAUGUCCAAGACGUUUGGCCAAGCGUACUUUGGCAGCAAGCGGAUAGGGAUCUCGCUCGAUGGCCCGGAAUACGCCUCCCGUGCCGUACCUGGUGGCACGUCGCAGUUUAACCCAGGAGAAGCUGAGGAGGUUGCAUGGCUGUGCAAGCACAUGCUCGAUUACGUGCCGGAGACCACCGACGAGGAGCCAACACGACAAGUCAAGCCUGCGGAUAUUGGCAUCAGCUCGCCGUACGCUGCGCAGUGUGCAGAGAUUCGCCGACAGCUCCAGAGACUGGCCAUCACCGGUGUGACCGUGCAAAUGCUGGACAUCACGACAGGUAGCCAGGUCCAGGGGCGAGAGUUCGAAGUCCACAUCGUCUCGUGGGUGAAGAACAACCCGGGCGAUCCAUACGACACUGGAUUCAUCACCAAUCCGGGACAGCAGUGCGUGCUGAACUCCCGGGCUAGGAGCUUCCUGAUUUCUUUCGGGGCAUACCAGUUGUGGUGCAACAACGUCGCAAACAACAUCGACCAGAUCGCCAAGAAGCAGAUGUUCUAUCGGUUUGCGAAGAACUUCCAGGAGACCAACCAAGUCAUCGCCAAGCGGGACUUCCUGGACGGCAAGGCGGGCUUACCUGUCGACACCUACCACUUCCAAGCGGUACAGCUGACAGGGCCUCAAACCAUGGGCCAGCGCGGUAAUCGUGGUGGCCGUAGUGGCGCCUAUAGUGUUGUUCGCGGUGCGGGUCGCGGUCGUGGUGGGCCUCAGCAGGGCGGUUUCAAUACCCCCAACCAGCGUGCUCACGGCGGCUGGGAUAAGCGCGGUGGUAGAGGUCGCGGCAAUAAUAAUCCUCGAGGAGGCACCACCGGCCAGCCCAUUCCCAAGUGGUAA